UAACAAACACAUUUGGGCUUUGAAACACCUCGUUCUAGCCCCAGCCCCAGCCUCAGCCCAUCAUGUAUGGCCUACUGGAUUUAUUUAUAACCUGCUUUCAUGUAAGGUUUUGGGUUUGUUAGGGUUGAAGCUCUUAUCUAGCAGCUCGCCAGGAAGAGGUGGCCGACUAGCAAAAGGUCUCAUCUUCUUUCUAUUUCACGAGUCUUGGUUUAUAGGUUAAAUUAUUUUGGCUUCGAUUUGCUCAACCCCGAUUUGAUUGUAGUGUAAUGGCUUGAAAUUAGCCAAAUUUUUCGUUGAUUUAAUUCUCCUUUGAUUAUUGUUCGAUUGCAGAGUUGUAAGCAAGAGCGGGAAGAUGUCUCACAGGAAGUUUGAGCACCCUAGACAUGGUUCCCUUGGAUUUCUUCCUAGGAAACGCGCUUCUCGACACAGGGGAAAGGUGAAGGCAUUUCCUAAGGACGACCCUUCCAAACCAUGCAGACUGACUGCAUUCUUGGGUUACAAGGCGGGCAUGACACACAUUGUGAGAGAAGUUGAGAAACCAGGAUCAAAAUUACACAAAAAAGAAACCUGCGAGCCUGUUACAAUAGUCGAAACUCCGCCUAUGAUCAUUGUGGGACUAGUGGGCUAUACAAAAACGCCUCGUGGUCUUCGAUGCCUAAACACUGUUUGGGCUCAACAUCUGAGUGAGGAGCUAAGAAGGAGGUUCUACAAAAACUGGUGCAAGUCCAAGAAAAAGGCGUUCAUGAACCACUCACGGAAAUACGAAACAGAGGAGGGAAAGAAGGAUAUCCAGGCGCAGCUGGAGAAGUUAAAAAAAUACUGCUCUGUCAUUCGUGUUUUAGCUCAUACCCAGAUAAGAAAGAUGAAGGGGCUGAAGCAGAAGAAGGCUCACGUUAUGGAAAUCCAGGUGAAUGGAGGGACCAUUGCACAAAAAGUGGACUAUGCUUAUAGUUUCUUUGAAAAGCAGGUUCCUGUGGAUGCAGUUUUCCAAAAGGAUGAAAUGAUUGAUAUAAUUGGUGUCACCAAGGGUAAAGGUUUUGAAGGUGUUGUUACCCGUUGGGGUGUCACACGCCUCCCCCGUAAGACCCACAGAGGACUUCGUAAGGUUGCAUGUAUUGGAGCAUGGCACCCUGCCAGGGUUUCCUUCACUGUUGCUCGUGCAGGGCAGAAUGGGUACCAUCACCGUACAGAGUUGAACAAGAAGGUGUAUAAGCUUGGCAAAGCUGGACAAGAGUCCCAUACUGCGUCAACUGACUAUGACAGGACUGAGAAGGAUAUCACUCCCAUGGGCGGCUUCCCCCAUUAUGGUGUUGUGAAGGAGGACUACCUGAUGAUCAAGGGUGGUGUCGUUGGUCCUAAGAAGAGGGUUGUCACUCUUCGCCAGUCAUUGCUCAGACAGACCACCCGCAGUGCUAAUGAACAGAUUAACCUCAAGUUUAUUGACACCUCCUCAAACACCGGGCAUGGCCGUUUCCAAACCACUGAUGAGAAGCAAAAGUUUUAUCGUCGAGUCAAGGCAUAGGCUGCACAUUAUUAUUAACUUUCCCCUUCCAAGACAUCAAGUUUUUGUUUUGUUUUUCUUGCUGUGGGCUAUUUGUUUGGUCGUUGAAGAAAUACAUUUUUGUUUUUCAAGUCCCAAAGUAGGAGUGACUCUUGAAAUUUGGAAGUCUAUUCCAUCCGUUGCAUCUAUACAUGAAUCUGUUGAGACAUUUUUACUCUGGUAUCUGAACAAAAAUUGGUUUUAUUCGAUUCUAGAUGGAAAGGAGUUUUCCAACUUUCUGAACCUAUGAUAGCUUCAUACAUUUUUACGUUACUCUAUUGCCGUGUUGCUUUAAUUUAUUUAUAGUUCAUGUUAGCGUUGA